GUUUGGUUUAUACGUUCAUGCUCCCACAGGUAUGCUUUCUACCUUCUUAUGUUAUAAAACUAUCUCUUUGAAGACUUGAAGGCAAUGAGGAUGAAAUCAAGUCCACAAUGGGCUUGAAACAAAAUGAUGUGAAAAACAGAGAAUCGCUGGCCAAAGUGGGUGUUCGUAAGUUUAGAAAAUAGCAACAUAAUCAACAAAAAGGAAACAAACACAGUCUUAAAGCUACCAUUGCAACUAUGUUUCCUGAGUUUAAAAGGCAGAAAAGUCGAAAUGUUGAACAUCCGAACAGUAAGUCACAAUAAUACAUGCAUUCAAAUAAUUCAUUAUUAAACUUAUGUUUGGUAUUUGGUACUUGAUAUUCUCACAUUAUUACUAUUUGGGUAGCCUUAUGUGAAAUCUGAUUGUAAAUGUAUUAUUAUAUGUAGAAUGCAAAAGUCUUUUCUCAGUCAUUUGUUUGUAAAUGUAUGUUAAUUCUGACAUUACUGCUCUCUGAAUGUUGCAUAUUUGAUGAUUGCUACAGUGACUUGGCAUUGCAUGAUGUGUGUGUGUGUGUGUGUGUGUGUGUAUUUGUUCUGUGCUGAGUGAGCUGAGGAUUGUCUUACUGGGGAAGGAUGCAUUAGCAAACAACAGAGUUAGAAACAGUUUCCUGGGAAUAUAUAAGAGUGAAGCACCUCCAGCUGAUGUAGAGCAGCGAACAGAGAGAGUUAGACUACAACUGGAGGACAGAGCCAUCAUGGUCAUCAACGAUCCUUAUGUUCUACAGCCAGACCUCACCCACCUUCAGAUUGCUAAGAGAGUGAAAGACUGUGUUUAUUUGUCUGAUCCAGGCCCUCAUGCGAUCAUACUCAUACUACAGCAUAAUGACUUCAGUAAGGAAAACAUAUGAAGAGUGCUGAAACAUUUCAGUGACAAGGCAGUUAAACACACAAUAGUAUUAACUCCUAAUAAGAGACACUGAGCUUAUCGCUGACUUCUGUGAUAAGGAACAAUGUUAUGCAUCAGUUAAUAAAGGAGUGUGGAGGUGGACACCUCCAGUUUGAUCAAAGACAACCAGGAUUUUACUCAAAGAAGAUCAUUCAAAGGAUAGAGAAGUUAAAGGAUGAAUAUAGAGAGUUUCUCAAAUGUGAGAUAUUUGAUGAUGCAGAAGAAGGAUUUUAUGCAACAGAGGUCAGAGUGGAAGAGGAAGAAGGAAAUAAAAAGGGAAGCGAUGGAGGUUUUCUACAGUUUUUUGCUUCUGGAAAAGCAAAACUGAACUUGGUGCUGUGUGGAAGAAAUACAAAGCUCAAGACCUCCGUAUCCAAUAUGUUAAAAGGGAAAACUUCAUCCGCACAUCAGAGAGAGUCUAGUUUAGUUUGUGUAAAGACAGAGGUGAAAAUACUUGAACGUCUCAUCACUGUGGUGGAGCUUCCAGCUCUCACUGAGCUCUCAGAAGAUGAAGUGAUGUGCCAGACUCUCCAAUGUGUUUCUCUCUGUGAUUUUGGAGUUCAUAUUUUCCUCCUCAUUAUUCCAGUUGGUCCACUUACUGAUGAAGACAAAAUAGAACUGGAGAAGAUCCAGAAGAUAUUUUACUACAAAGAGCACUUCAUGGUGCUCUUCACCACAGAUCGCAUUGUUGAUAAAAAUGUGAGAAAUUCUGUGGCAACCACAGAAACUCAAAGAGUUGUCAGUCUAUAUGGGAGUCAUUACAAAGUAAUGGGGUUGAAAGACCAUAGAAACUUUGAACAGAUCUCUGACCUGUUGGAAUAUAUAGAGAACAUUAAUACAGAACCCUACUCACUUCAGAUGUACAUAAGAGCUCAAGAGAAGAGAGUCAGACAUGAGCUAGAGGAAAAACUGAGUGAAAUGGAGAACAAAAUCAAAGAGUUACAGCAGAAGGUUCAACAAGAUGGUGAAGAUGCACCAUCUGAUUCAGACUUUUUAAGAAUUGUGCUGAUUGGAAGGACUGGAAAUGGAAAAAGUGAAACAGGAAACACCAUCCUGGGGAAAGAAGAGUUUCGUACUGAAGCCAGUCCAGAUUCUCCGAUGACUGUCUGCAUGAAAGGAGUUGGAGAAGUUCAGGGUAGAUCAGUAGCUGUUGUUGAUACUCCAGGUCUCUUUGACACCACACUGUCAAAUGAAAAAGUGCAGGAAGAAAUUGCGAAAUGUGUUUCACUGUCAGCACCUGGACCUCAUGUCUUUAUUAUUGUCUUGAGUGUGGGAAGAUUCACCAAUGAAGAGAAAAACACUGUGGAUCUGAUAAAGAUGAUCGAUCUCAAGAAAUUGAUUGGAAACAGGUUUUUAGUUUUUAAUAACAGAGACAAAAAAAUACUGCACAAGUUACUUGGCUUUUAAAUGUGAUAGAAGAGGUGAAAAAAUUAAGGAACAAUUAAGAGAAAAGCUAGAGGAACUGGAGAAAAUGAGAAAGAAAUCUGAAAGAGAGAGUGAAGAAGAAAGACAAAAGAUAGAGAAGGAAAGACAGCAACUGAGAGAUUCAGAGAGAAGAGUGAGAGAGCAAAAAGAGAAAGAACUUGAAGAAAAAAAAAACGAAUUGCAAAAACAUUAUGAGCAGCUAGCACGAGAGAGAAAGGAAGACUGGGAGAGAAGUAAGCGAGCGGAUGAUGAGAGAAGGCAAGAGGAGAGAAAGAGAUGGGGGAACUUGAUAGAAGAUCUUAAACGAGAGCAAGAGGUGGAGAUCAGCAGAAGAGAGAAAGAGGAGAAAGACAGAAAAGAAAAAGAAAAAAAAGACCGUAAUCAAAUGAAAAAGGAAUAUGAACAGAAAAUUAAAGAUAUAAAGAACAAACAUGAAGAUGAAGCCAGGAAACAAGCAGAGGAAUUGAAUGAGUUCAGACUGAAUAAAGAUCGGCUCAUUCAAGAGCUUACUGAGAAACUUGAACACAGUCGAAAAGAUUAUGAAGACCUGGAAAAAGUGUUCGAAAUCUUACUUAAACUAAAAAGUGAGGAAACAAAAGAACUACGAAAAGAAAUUAAAAGACUGAAAUUAAGAAGAAAAUGUUUCGUUCAGCAAUACCAAUGUGGAAUAUCAUGAAAUGUAGACUGGAAGCAAUUUAUUAUAUCCAAGGAUGUCUACAAAACCUGGAGAGAUUUCUCCGUUAACAAUCAUACUCAUCUCAGUGGUUGCUCAGUUGACAUAAGAUAACAUGAUUUGAAAUCCACCAUCUUUGCCUGUGGUAGCUCAGGAAGAUUCGGUUCUGCUGCCAGUUUGUCGCCACAUCCAUACCGUUGCCAGAGAAUAUAAUUUUACAUUUACUAUUCAAUUCCUUAUGACAUGUCAAUGCAUUUUUUUAAAAUAAGGCAAUUAUGUUUUUUUAAUAAGGUAUAAAAGUGAUUCACUAAAAAUGUUUUGCAUUUUUUUGCAAUUUUCAUAAGAUAAUGAUACAAAAUAAUUUUAAAAAAUCCAUAUUGUUGUUGGCGCCAAUAGGCUUGUGUGUGCGUUGUGUGCGGGCGUCCCGAGUUCGAAUCCCGGCUCUGGGCCUUUCCUGAUCUCUCCCACUUCACUUCCAG